AUGCAGAUCCCCACCAUUUGGACCGUCGUGACCUCGGUCGCCCAUGUCCAGGUUCGCCAGGUCCAGGACUGUGAGGCCAUCGUGUCUUCAGUCUCGGCACAGAUGCCACCCAUGCCGACGGUUAUGGCGUCGCUGUUGGAGGCCGCCAAGACGGACGUCUGCACCAUGACCGCCGCCAUCAGCUACGAAUCCGAAAUCGAAGAGUACCAGACCAAGGUCGACGAGUGGCUCAAGACUGAGUCGAACGCUUCUCUGAUGAUGACCCUCAACGCCUGCGACGACUACAUGGAGUCCAGCUACAGCUCCCUGUACGCCGGCAUGACCACCUGCGCCCCUCCCAAGGACGGCUUUUCUCCUAGCGACAGCCCCCAGACCGGUUCCGCCGCCCCGACCAAGUCGGCAUCGACUACUUCCAAUGGCUCGACGACUUCUGCCAAGACCGGAGCGACUUCGGCGGCUACGGGUGCUGCAUCUUCGGCCACGGGUGCUGCGUCUUCCGCGGUGCCCGCUGCCGGUGCUGGAGCCAGGUCUACCACAUCCAUGGUUCUGGCGGCAGGAGCUUUCCUGGUGGGCGGCUUCUUGGUCUUGUAG